AUGACAGAAAGGAUAUCACGUCUUAAGGCAAAAUUGCUUGGACGAUUAUCACCAAAAGCGGAUGCCGACCCGAGUUCCCACCCCAAACCCCCGAGCCCUGACUCCAAAUCUCCGUAUAACACAGAGGAGAUCUCUCGGGAACCCCUGUCUUCAGGAAAGGAAUUAGGUUCCGUGUCUGCCGAACACAUACGGACUCGCAAUUGUACCCCGUCAACUGAACCAUACAAUUCUUCUCUGCCGACUCCUAUCUCGGACCCUCCGUCUCCCCUCGAAACCCCUCCGUUCGCGACUCCUCAGCAUUCCGAUAGCACCUCCUUCCAGUCCCACUUGAAAGCUCAAACACCAAUCGAGACUCAAUUGACUCCCACCCUGGAUACUGUCGUCGAACGGCCUACGAAUGAUCGCCGACCUUCUACUUCCUACUUUCCUCCCUCGAGCAAGCGCCCGAGCCUUGCGAUCCGUCGUCAAUCUCUUCUCCCACCAUCGCAUCAACACUUGAUUAGUGGCCUAUUGGAGGCGAAUCUUUUCUCUUCAGACCAAGGCAGUGGUUUCACACCUCUCGUUCCUCACGAGAUGGUCACACGUAGGAUUUGGGUCAAACGGCCCGGUGGCUCGGCCACCUUGGUGCCGUGCAGAGAGGAUGCGGUGGUAGAUGAGCUACGCGACCAGGUGAUCAUGAAAUACGGAAACUCAUUAGGGAGAAGCUUUGACUCGCCCGAUAUUGUUAUAAGGAUUUCACCACGAGAGGGUACGAAUCGAUCAAGUCACCCCGAGCGCCUCUUGAGCCCAGAGGAAGUCGUGGCGUCUAUACUCGAUACAUACUACCCUGGAGGACAAAAAAUUGAGGAAGCAUUGGUGAUCGAUGCGCCGUCGCGCCGGACCCCAAAGCCAUCCCCACGUCAUUCGAUCUACCAGCAUCACCACUCGGAGCCUGGCGAGCAUGGCGAUUAUUUCCCUCUCAUGCCGCCGGUCAAUGCGACCGCAGGUACACCGUCUGCACAUUCGGGAGCUCCAUCAGCAUCGGCUAGUGCGCCGUCAAUUUCCAUUCUCAACACCGGUGUUGCUCCUUUGCUGCCAUCCCCAGGAAGUCGUAGGGCACGGCAUCAGCAGCGGCCUCCGUUGACACGACACAAAACAAAUUCUCCCACAAUUCUCCAUACCAAAGCUCCCGCUAUAACAGAAACUGGCGCCACCCCUCAUUCCCAACCUGUCCCGGCUGCCGCCCCCGCAAUGCCGACACCCCCGGCGGCAGCACCGCCGGUGGAAUCUCCGCAGGUGAAAUCACACACUCCCCCGGCAGCUGCAUCACCACGCGUGGUCCGAAAAUCAAAAGCGGCCACUUCUCCUGGCGCUAUGUUUGGCGGCUUAAUUGACGGCACUGUUCCGCCAAUCAAUGUCCUCAUUGUGGAAGACAACAUCAUUAACCAGAAGCUUUUGGAGGCUUUCAUGAAAAGAUUGAAAGUUCGUUGGAAAUGUGCAAUGAACGGCGAAGAGGCAGUGCGGAAAUGGCGACAAGGCGGAUUCCAUUUGGUUUUGAUGGACAUCCAGCUCCCCGUGAUGAACGGUCUGGAAGCCACCAAGGAGAUUCGUCGCCUGGAGCGCUUAAAUGGCAUUGGUGUCUUCCCGAAGACAGCCUCUGGACGUUUCAGCGCGUCCAAUACGUCUGCCGCAGAUAGAAGACCCGGCCUUCACCGUACGGUCAGUGAAGAGGACACUUUAUCAGAUCUCUCGCUGUUCCGUAGUCCGGUCAUUAUCGUCGCGUUGACAGCUAGCAGUCUGCAAAGUGACAGACAUGAGGCAUUGGCUGCUGGCUGCAACGAUUUCCUGACCAAGCCUGUCGGAUUCCCCUGGCUUGAGCAGAAAGUGACAGAAUGGGGCUGCAUGCAAGCCCUGAUUGACUUUGAAGGUUGGCGCAAAUGGCGCGGUUUCCUAGACUCUCCUCGCCCCGCCUCACGCCCCCCCUCGCCAGGCGUUGAUACAACAGCCAGUCCGAUGCAAGGUGGCUACCGCAAAGAACCACCAAAGGUUGACCCUCCAUCGCCUUCGACCUCCCGUGUCGCUAGUAAGUCUGAUCACCUCGAGCCCAAGCGACACCUGCCAGACGCGCAAAUUCUCCGGGAAGAUUCAUGGGGCAGCGGCAGUCCCGACACCAUAGAUUCACCCUUGAGUCCGCAUUUGCCAACGCCGGGCGACGUCGCGCCAACUAGUGACGCGACGACCGCACCGGAUGAAAAAUGA